CUGGCCCGACAGAAGCCUCUUCUCAGUGCGAGACACAUGAAAGCCUGCAUGGACACCUGAAGGACUCCAAGAUGCUGCAGGGACAGGACGACUGGUUGCAAACGAAGGAAAGAUGAAUGCGGCCAAGUACUCCGAUAUAACAAAGAAUGAAAAUUGAAGGGGGACUGAAUACUUUCCGUACCCACCAGAUGCCGCAGAAGGGAACCUCUUAGUAGGCAGUGUGCUGCAGAUGCCCGCCGGCUCUGAUGCGCAGGACGCAAUGAAGCGCAGGGUUUCCAACUCGGAGGAUCGGUCACGCCUCCCUGCUGCCCUCUCCUGUCUAAAGAGUUCAACAGAAACAGGUGGAGACAUGAGGCCUAAUUCCCAACAGCACACUGAUGGCCUCCCUGCUGUCACUCAUUCCAGCAAUCAGCAGCCCACAGUCAGCCAAGGCCGUUCCAUCUCCAUAUCCGCGAUUCCGUGUUGGAGUGACAACCAACCUUACGUACCGUCUGAGGAAAUGCUCGACGCCUUUUCGCCGGACCCGAGCACUCCCUCCAGAAUCCGAGCUUCUAAGAUACAAAGAGCCAAAACGGCCCGUACGCCUCCGCCGCAUUCCCGUAAGCUGCUGCAGCUCCUGCCCAUCUCCAUCGGACCGGCACGAAGCAAGAGUCACGAGUCACAAGUGGUGAACCGCACUGAGGAGCCUGCUAACCACAAGGCCAACAAGAAGAAGAAGGCUGUGGCUGCUAUUCAUCUCAAUGGGAACAGUUUUGAGGAUUCCAACUUGCGUUCACCCCUGCUGUCUGCUCGCACACACGGCCCUGUGCCUGCCUCAGCCCCAUACACAAUGACUGCUGCCCCAACAUCCCUGGACAACCUUAGCGUACACAGGAGUUCACCUCAGACACUGAGGCGAGAUAUUGGCUUGGCUGUUACACACAGGUUUUCGACGAAAUCGUGGCUCUCCCAGACAUGCCAAGUGUGUGGCAAGAACAUGAUCUUUGGCGUCAAGUGUAAACACUGCAAAUUAAAGUGUCACAACAAAUGCACCAAAGAUGCUCCCUCUUGUCGGAUAUCAUUUCUCACACUGCCAAAGAUGCGAAGGGCAGAAUCGGUACCAUCGGAUAUCAAUCAUCGUAUUGAUCACAAAGCAAAGAUUCCACUGCAGUUUGGCACGUUACCGAAGGCAAUAACCAAAAGGGAACGUCCUGUCCAGCUUGACUCCAGCAGUAACCCAUCGUCGGCCACCUCCUCCACACCAUCCUCUCCAGCACAUUCUCAGCAGAGCAACCCACCCAGUGUCAGCACCACACCCCCACUCAACACGUCUCCGCAGGCUUCCAAGGACGACAACUUCCGCUUCCCAGAUGUUCCUGAUUUGAAGAAUAAUGAUAGUCAACAGUCUGACAGCUCCAAUGACUCCGGAGUAUCACAGACAGCCAUUACUGAGACCCAGCUAAAAGCAGCCGAGGAAGACCAGAAGGCAGAGGAGGAUCUUCCUGCUGGACAUGACCAAGGAAAGAGCUUCUCCAAUGAGGACUUUGAUGAAGACGGCCUGGAAGAUCUGCCCUCUUCCACCUGUCGUCGUCGGACCGUAGGGCGCUGGAGGGGAGGCAACAACCGAAAGGCCAGUCAGACCAGCGUCUACCUGCAGGAAUGGGAUAUCCCGUAUGAGGAGCUGCAGCUUGAAGAGCUUGUAGGAAAGGGUCGUUGGGGGAAGGUGUUCAGGGGUCGCUGGCACGGCGAGGUAGCCAUUCGCCUUGUGGAAGUAGACGGCAAUAACCAGGAGCACCUGAAGCUUUUUAAGAAGGAGGUGAUGAACUACAGGCAAACUAGACAUGAAAAUGUUAUCCUGUUCAUGGGCGCCUGCAUGGCCCCACCUCACCUUGCUAUUGUCACCAGUUUCUGUAAAGGGGUGCCUUUAUACUCUUUUGUAAGAGAAAGGGGUCAUUUGUUGGAUAUCAAUAACACCAGACAGAUUGCACAAGAAAUUGUAAAGGGAAUGGGCUAUCUGCAUGCCAAAGGCAUCGUUCAUAAAGAUCUAAAGUCUAAGAAUAUGUUCUAUGACUCCAACAGAGUAGUUAUAACAGAUUUUGGUCUAUUUGGAAUGUCUGGUGUGGUACAAGAAGGCAGAAGAAAGAGUGUGUUGAAGAUACCCCAAGGGUGGAUCAACUACCUGUCACCAGAGAUUGUUCGCAUGAUGAGCCCAGAGGUUGCUGAGGACCAGCUGCCUUUCUCGAAAGCUGCUGAUGUUUAUGCUUUUGGUACAAUCUGGUAUGAGCUGCAUUUCAGAGACUGGGCAAUCACCAACCAGCCUGUGGAAGCGCAAAUCUGGUUAGUGGGUAGCAAUGAGGGCAUAAAGAAGGUGCUGGCAGAUGCCAACCUGGGCAAGGAAGUUACGGAGAUCCUUUCUGCCUGCUGGUCUUUUGAAAGAGAGGACAGGCCGACCUUCACCCAGCUGGCUGGUAUGUUGGACAGGCUACCGAAACUGAACCGUCGGCUGUCCCACCCUGGACACUUCUAGAAGUCUCCUGCGUAUGUAUCAUAGAAAGUGGGACUCCAAGCAACAACCGACAGCUUCACUCCCACUGAUACAGUACAGAAAAAGGGAUUAUGAAACAGAAGGAAAAGUCACUUUUUUUUUUUUUUUUGUAAAGAAAAAAAAUGAUUUUGUAAAUGAGAACUUUGACAAAGCUGCCUUGCAAUAUGUUGUUAAUAUACAGGAAGUGACUUUUUACUGCCGAGUUUGUAACUUUAAGAAGUGAGAUGCAAUUCUUCCUUUUAUGGUGUGGUAUGAUUUUCACUGCUUAUUUCUUUUCAUUUUGUGAUGUCCGACUUCUAAAUAAUACCGGUAUUUCUCUUCAUUCUGUAUGUUCUGUUAAAUGCUGCUCUUACAGUGUCUGGGGUAGACAGUGGAAUCAUCAUCAUCAUCAUCAUCCUCCUCCUCCUCUCUGACAAUGAACACGGUCGUAAUAUAGAUACAAUACUAUUACAAUAUUAAACAGUGCGUCCUUAUCGAGAGCUGCAUAACAUUCCCCUUGAGCUUUAAGAUGAGUCAAGAAACGAUAAUAUAAUUAAUGUGAUGAUAAUGAUUAAUGUGCUGUAUGAUGGGGUAUUAUUAUUAUUAUUAUUAUUGAUAGAAUAAUAAAAGGACAACCAGAAAAUGUGAGGCCUCGUAACACUGUAACAAGUAGUAGCAACAGUAGUAGUUCAUGGUAGUAGUAGUUAAAUAAAGAAAUAAAAACAUUGGUACAUAUAAAGGCCUCAAAAAUAAAUGCCUGACUUCAAAUAAAUGCUUGAUCAUUUCUGCAGAUGAUCAAAUAAACAACUCCAGUGGCGAAUGUAGAAAAUCCACUCCGGUCAGUUUGCUGACAGUCUGCCGUGCGAGAGAAGGCAGAAAGGUGUUUCAAGACUCAAAUACCAAACCAAGGAUAUUAUAGUAUGUAGCAUUUAAAAAAACGGAAUUAAAAGUGUGAGAGUGACAUCAAUGUCACACGGUCAUCUUUUACAUGUGUGAAGCUGGUCAGUAGUUCCUACUUGAACCUUUGAUUGCUUCCACCUUCGACUUCCCCACUGGAAAUUCACGAUGAAUGUCACCACUGGACACUCCCUCCUCUCUUGAAAACUUUCAUAGCUCAGAGGCUGCUGAAUUCAACGUAUUGGCUUGAGCUUCUCUUCUUAGCAUGUAUUGCUUUGGUCGGGCAAAUCAUAUUAAAUUUGAUGGUUUACAUGGUUAACAUAAUGUAUAUGUACGAAUGUAUAUACAGAAAAGCUGAGCUGUUGUUUAAUUGUAUUUAUUAUUCCAUUUUGAUUUUCAAAAUACCUUAAAGAGGACAUACUGUAUAUGUCAAUUGGAUGUUUUAUUAUCAUCAUCAUCAUUCUAUUUUCUUUUUUUAAAUUAUUAAAUCCCACAGCUAUGGGGGAUGGG